CUUUUAUAUUUAUUUUCACUUCUGUUUUAUCGGACUGACUUAUUUUUGAAUACAUUUUUUAAGUGGUUUCGAGAGGAAGUUAAGCAGUUGGAAUUUCCGAAUGAGCUCGUUUCAUUUGACAGCUUAAAUUAUUAUUGAUGUUAUCAAGAAACGAAUUCCCUAGAGGUUCUGGAAAGUUUUCGUUCUGGACAGCAUAAUUCUGCGGAAUAAUUAAUAUUGACACCUCCGAAACGUAGUCCCUCUUGCUUUAAAUGCCUGAAUAAAUUGAAAAUGUCCCAUUUCAUUAUUUUGGUAGUCGUAAUACUUCUUCCAGUCUUAGCUACGGGCAGCAAUCAGACCCACCACAAUGUCUCCACAAACACUCAUGCGAGAAGAGGCUUCUAUGCCAAAGGAGCCAUGGUGGAGUACUUGGUUUCGAUACGAACGCGGCACAAGAUCUAUGCCUGGGGCGACAACCACUUCUGCUCGGGAGCUCUCUUGACUUCCCGGUGGGUACUGACCGCCGCCGGAUGCGUGACCACCAGGUCCGGAACGAUACGUCGUCGCACCUCCCGGAAAAAUCUUAAGGUGGUCGUCUAUACACCGUUUCGGCUAAAAAAGCCAUACGAACAUAAUAUAAUACCCGUUGAGAAGGUGGUACUGUCCGACGUUCGAAACAUCUGCUGCCAGGACCUGGUCCUGAUAAAACUAGAAUAUGCCGCUCGUGGCAAUCAAAACCAUGUCAUGAAGCUGCCCUCUAGGGAGUUGAGCGAGGAUUGGUUGUGCUUCUCCUUGGGAUGGGGACGGAUGUACCACAAUGGACCCAUUACCAAUUUAUUGAUCCGGCGGGUUCUGAGAAAGGUCGACAGCAGUCAGUGCGCCCGUGCCUGCGGCGGACCGCAUCUCUUUUGCAUGACCAGCUACUCGGGGCGUAACAACAUUGGCCAGACCGACAUGGGUACUCCGGUCUUCUGCGGCACCACGGUCUAUGGCGUGGCGGGCCAGUAUCACAGUACCCGCCAGCGGACAAACUUUGUGUACGCCAGUACCUAUGCCCAUCGCGAUUUUAUUCUCAAAGUCUUGGCCACUGGGAGUACUCUGUCCCGAUCCCUUCUCUCCAUUGUCUUAGCUGGUCUCUUGUGUGUUUUAAAUUAAAGUCUUCACGUUUUGUGUCACUACUCCCAAGUUCAGGGUCGUUUUGUUCAGACUGUGGG